CACGAGGCGGGGCCUCGGGGGCGGAGCCUCGGCGGGGCGGCCGCUUCAGAGCCGCAAAGUUUGGCUGUGGCGGCAAAUGGGCUUGGGCGGCUCCUUGGCGGGUGGUGGCGGUGGCCGUAGCGGUUCCUUUUGGCCCUGUUAAUGUCGGGGCCAGGCCCGGGGAGGAUGGCGCCCUAGAGCCCGGCCUUGCUGGGGUAGGGGCGGGAGGGGACGGGGUGGGGACCGGCCAUGUCGGAAGUGACCCGAAGUCUGCUGCAGCGCUGGGGCGCCAGUUUUAGGAGAGGCGCCGACUUCGACUCUUGGGGCCAGCUGGUGGAGGCGAUAGACGAGUAUCAGAUAUUAGCAAGACACCUACAAAAAGAGGCCCAAGCUCAACACAAUAAUUCUGAGUUUACAGAAGAACAAAAGAAAACCAUAGGCAAAAUUGCAACAUGCUUGGAAUUACGAAGUGCAGCUUUACAGUCCACACAGUCCCAAGAAGAAUUUAAACUGGAGGAUCUGAAGAAGCUAGAACCAAUCCUAAAGAAUAUUCUUACAUAUAAUAAAGAAUUCCCAUUUGAUGUUCAGCCUGUCCCCUUAAGAAGAAUUUUAGCACCUGGUGAAGAAGAGAAUUUGGAAUUUGAAGAAGAUGAAGAAGAGGGUGGUGCUGGAGCAGGGUCUCCUGAUGCCUUUCCUGCUAGAGUUCCCGGUACUUUAUUACCAAGGUUGCCAUCAGAACCAGGAAUGACAUUACUCACUAUCAGAAUUGAGAAAAUUGGCCUGAAAGAUGCUGGGCAAUGCAUUGAUCCCUAUAUCACAGUUAGUGUAAAAGAUCUGAAUGGCAUAGAUUUAACUCCUGUGCAGGAUACUCCCGUGGCUUCAAGAAAAGAAGAUACGUAUGUUCAUUUUAAUGUGGACAUUGAGCUCCAGAAGCAUGUUGAAAAAUUAACCAAAGCGCUCCGUUUGGACCCAGGUGCCAGGGCUGCGCACACAUUUCUGAACAUUGUUAAACUUCUGGUCACUUGUGCAGCUAUUUUCUUUGAAUUCAAACACUACAAGCCUAAAAAAAGGUUUACCAGCACCAAGUGUUUUGCUUUCAUGGAGAUGGAUGAAAUUAAACCUGGGCCAAUUGUAAUAGAACUAUACAAGAAACCCACUGACUUUAAAAGAAAGAAAUUGCAGUUAUUGACCAAGAAACCACUUUAUCUUCAUCUGCAUCAAACUUUGCACAAGGAAUGAUCCUGACAUGAAUACCCUGGAACUUCUGUGAAUCUUACCACUCAGUAGAAACCAUCCUAGCUCUGUGUAGCACAUUCGCCCUUCAACAGGCAGGAAGCAAGCCGUACCCAGGCCAGCAGGCCAGAGUGAGUCCAUUACACAGCUGUAGCACAGAAUUCAAAGUCCAGCACGUCACUGAUGGAAAAGACUCCUUUGGAUACAGGCUUAAUUGUAGAUCUUAAAACAUUUUCACUUUUCUAUUAAUUGUGCAAUGAAUAGCCUCUUUUCUAAUUUGCCACUAUUCCUGCCCUGCUUCCUGGAACGACACUGUUGUGGGUGGAAUGUGCUCACCUUCACACUUAAUACAGCAAUAAGAGUGUGCUAGAGUUUACACACCUGUCCACUUCUGCUCCAAUAUGCUCUUCGGUUUUUUUGAGUUAAUGUCAAACUUUGGGUUGAUGUGGGUAGGACAGUAUGAAACUGCUUUGAGAGGAAUUGGACCAAUUAUGCUGCCCAAGGUCAGUCUGGAAAUUUAUAGGCUGCUCCUCAGAGACGGCCUUGAUUCACCCUGAUCUCAUGGUUCUCCUGCUUAGGAAUAGUGUGCCUUGGCCAAAUCAGUAUCCCGUAUGGGCGUGUUCGCAGGUGGUAGCUGUGAUUUUUCCAGAUGACCGGAUCGUUUUUCUGAAAGUGAGCAUAUUUUUAGUCAUGUUGAUUAGCUUUUUUCUACAUCACAUCGUUACUCUUUCUGAUAGUGAUUCUGGAGUUAGUGAUGGAACCAUCUCAGAAUAAUUACAAAUUCUUGGUGGGUUUAUAAUGUCUUCUAAAUCGUGUAAUCUAAAAAUAAUUUGAGUCAGAUGCUAACAAGAUACCGCAGGAAUAACUGCUGUUUUUCUGACAACUGAUUGUGAAACCUUAAAACCUGCAUACCUCUUCUUGUAGUGAUGAGUAUGCAAAUCUGGAGAUAUUCUAUUUUUUUUUUAUAUAGGUAGAUAGGAUUGCCAUUUAUUUCCUAUGUAGAUAUACUGACAUUCAUCCAUAUGGAAAUAUUGCAGGUCAUUAGCUUUUUAUAAUUUGACUAUUUACAUUCUUUUGACUUAAUAAUGGGGCAUAAAUAAAACUUUCAUAGAACACACAAGGUGGAUAUUUGAUACACAGAACAUUUAAGAUUUGGGGUGGGCAUUCUCUGGGUUAGGUGUGGAGCCCACAUAUUUAAUAUUCACUAUUUUAAAUGACCAAUGCUAGCAUGAGGGGAACGCAGUGCCAGUACUUGGCCUACUUUUAAACUCGUGUAAUAAGCCUAGUCAAUACCGUUCAGUAUGUUUGCUUUUUAAAAUAAGUAACCACAAUUAAGUUCUAGCCCUUGCACUUCAAGAGAUCUAGUCUCCACUUUCAGUUGUCUGUUAGGUCAGUUCUGUUUACUAUGAUGGAUGUUAAAAAACUAUAUGAGCCUGAAGAACUCUCAACCCAAUUUAGUCUUGCUUCCCUCUUGAUUAGUUCAAUUCCAGAUGAUUCCAUCCACAGUAGCUUGAGGGGAUGAGGAAUUUGCCUUAAUAAAUUACUUUGUUGUUCACUCAA